UUUACGCUUUAAUUUGCUUUAAUGGGAAGCGUUUGUUGUAACGUUAUAGUGAUCACCUAAAUUAUCGGGUGCGUACUAUUUUCUGGAAAGGGUAGACAGAAAUAAUAAAAAGGAGAUAAUUAAUUUAGAUACAUUUUUUUCAGCGGGUACGUGCUCUUUGUUUUCGCUUUAAUUUAGAUAUAAUUGCCCUUUAAUUUUGGUUUUCCACUUCGAGCUAAGUUUGACUUUGUUACUAAUCCACGUUAUUAGGUGGUUGAUAAUUAUCUCAAAAUAUUUUACAAUAUGCUUGCCAUAGUGUUCUUCCUCCUUCACUCCUCUCUGAAAUUUUGGUAGAUAUUUUUUUUCCAUGAUUUCGAUUUUCUAUCCCUGAUUUCCCGCUGUUGCUUCGCUGAACCCAAAUGGAUUCUCAACCCCAAAACCCUAAUCCUCAUACCACUUCCCAAAAUCACAAACAAAAACCAAACAUGGACAAGUUGAAAAAAGCAGUAUUGGGGGCAAUGACCUUGGAUUCAGCUACCCCAUUGUCUGAGGAAACAAAGAAGUGCAUCGAAAAGCGUCUUCUCCAGUUAUUCCCCGUGAUCCGAACUCCUGAUCACCCUCCCUACGCUUGGAUGAUAUUGGAUGCGAUUAAGACAUUGAAAGAAAAAAGGGGUUCAAGUGAGAAAUCUCUGUCAGAGUUCAUUAAAUCAAAUUAUGAAGUGCCUUGGGCUCAUUCAAGUUAUCUAAGUCACCAUCUUUGUAAACUUGCUCAGAAUGGUGACAUUGUUGUUACAUCUGAUGAUCAUUAUAUGAUUCCAACCGGAAACCCUAACCCUAAGCGGAAAGAAAAGCAGCAGAAGCGGAAGCGUCAUCAGGGUAGGGGACGCCGUGGUAUUUAUGACAAGGAAGCAGUGGUUGAAAAAAAAAAUCAACUAGGAGAACAAGAGAAAGUGGUGAUUAAAGAAUUGAGUCAAGCACAAAAACAUGAAAAUUAUGUCAUUGAUGGAGCAAACGAACAGGAUUAUCAAGUGAAUGAAGGAAAAAAUCAAUCACAAGGACAACAAAAUGAGGUGAGAUCCGAGUUACUGCAAUCAUCAUGCCUCAAUGAUGAUAAUUGUGCUACUUUGAUGGUCAUACCUGUUGAAUCCUCUAGCCCUAGGGUGGAAGAUGAGGAGGGGGAAUCUGUAGAGGAGCUGCCAAAGCAACGAAAUAGGAGGAAGAGCCCGUUUGAUUCAUUGCCCCCAGUCAAUACUCAGCAUCAUUUUGAGGAGCAACAGCCACAAUCUCAACACCAAGGCAUAGCUUCUAUACCAGAAGAGGAUACAGAUGCAGGGGCAUUGCUGCCCAUAGGUCCUCCUCAGCAUACAUUCUCCCAGCAUCGAGGCCACGGAAGGCCUCCUGAACCACAACCUGAUACAAUUACAAGAGAUGAAGCAUUGUUGCCUUUGCAGCAUGAGUCUUAUCAACAGCACCCACCACAGAAUCGAGGGCGAGGGAGACCUCGUAAGCUAAAACGAGACACAGAGAUUACGGUUGGGGAUUUUUCAACCUCUCAGAAUCUAAGACGAGGAAGACCUCGAAAGCCAAAACAAGAUGCAGAGACUAUGAUGGGGGGUUUUUCAACCUCUCAGAAUCUAAGACGAUCUAAACGAAAGCCUCAUUUUGACACAACUAUGGAGAAUCAUUGUCCCCUCAUAACUGAGCAGCAGCAACCAAAGCACAUCCAUAUUGGGGAAGUCCUUCAAAACCUUGAUUGAAGGAACCCAGGACAGCUACCACGGUGCUAAAAAUUUCCUUUUAGAAUUAACAAUAAAGAGUGGUGGUAGUAUCUGUAGUAGUGUUGCAGUAGAUCGUUGUGGGGGAAAGAUGAAUUGCUUUACAAUGGUUAUUUUGUAAUUAGGGUUUUUCUCCUUUUAGUUUUAAAAAGUUACUACUCUCCAUUUUCUUGUAUGGCCAAGUCCUUGAAUGGGCAAACUAUUGGCAAACAAAGUGUUCCAACCAAGUUAUAGUGGUAGAACAUUGUAUUAGUUUUAUGGUUGGAAGUAAUAGGUUAGUAGAACCGGUAGUUUGAAAGCAUACACCUUAGCAGCAGAAGCUUAGGGUGUGUUUGACAGUAAUUUUUAGAAGUGUUUUUAAUAUUUUUAAUAUUUAAGUAACUAUUUGUUUAUCAA